GUCUCGAUAACAUCACAGCAAUUUCAUCAAAGCAACCCCCAAGCUUCGUGUUUUCUCCUAUAUCUUUCCUGUACAUUAACAACCUCCCCUCAGUCUCUUCUUCUUCUACUACUACACACAGCCACCAACACAGCAAUGGCUUCGUCAAAUAUCAACACUGAGGGCAUCAACUACGAGGGCAAGAUCCGCCGCAACCUGUCGCCGUCGCAGCUGUACGAGGAUGCGCUGCGCUACGAGCCCGGCACUGCCAUCUCGUCGUCGGGCGCGCUGAUUGCCGAGUCGGGCAAGAAGACGGGCCGCUCGCCCAAGGACAAGCGUGUUGUCGAGGAGGCAUCCACGGUCGACGACGUGUGGUGGGGCCCGGUCAACAAGAAGCUGUCGGAGGAGUCGUUCGCCAUCAACUACGAGCGCGCAGCCGACUACCUCAACACGCGCGAGCGCCUGUACGUGUUUGACGGAUUCGCCGGGUGGGACCCCAAGUACCGCAUCAAGGUGCGUGUUGUGUGCGCGCGCGCCUACCAUGCGCUGUUCAUGAACAACAUGCUGAUCCGGCCGACCGCCGAGGAGCUGGAGAACUUUGGCGAGCCCGACUUCACCAUCGUCAACGCGGGCCAGUUCCCGGCCAACAAGUUCACCAAGGGCAUGACCAGCAGCACCAGCGUGUCGAUCAGCUUCGAGCGCAAGCAGAUGGUGAUUCUGGGCACCGAGUACGCGGGCGAGAUGAAGAAGGGUGUGUUCACGGUGAUGCACUACCUGAUGCCCAAGGCUGGCGUGCUGUCGCUGCACUCGUCGUGCAAUGAGGGCCCCGCCGGCGACGUGUCGCUGUUCUUUGGCCUGUCGGGCACCGGCAAGACGACGCUGUCGGCGGACCCGCAGCGCCCGCUCAUCGGCGACGACGAGCACGUGUGGACCGAGAGCGGCGUGUUCAACAUCGAGGGCGGCUGCUACGCCAAGACCAUCGACCUGUCGGCCGAGAAGGAGCCCGAGAUCUUCAACGCGAUCCGCUUCGGCUCGGUGCUGGAGAACGUCAUCUACGACCGCAACACGCGCGUGGUGGACUACACCGACAAGACGAUCACCGAGAACACGCGCUGCGCGUACCCGAUCGAGUACAUCCCGAACGCCAAGAUCCCGUGCGUGGGCGGCAACCCCAAGAACAUUGUGCUGCUGACCUGCGACGCGUUCGGCGUGCUGCCGCCGGUGGCCAAGCUGACGCCUGCGCAGGCCAUGUACCACUUCAUCUCGGGCUACACCGCCAAGAUCGCCGGUACCGAGGAGGGAGUGACCGAGCCCGAGGCCACGUUCUCGGCGUGCUUCGGCCAGCCGUUCCUGGUGUGGCACCCGGUCAAGUACGCGCAGAUGCUGGCGCAGAAGAUGCAGGAGCACAACGUCAACGUGUGGCUGGUCAACACCGGCUGGAACGGCGGUGCCUACGGCAUCGGCAAGCGCAUCUCGCUCAAGUACUCGCGCGCCAUCAUCGACGCCAUCCACUCGGGUGAGCUCGAGCAGGCCGAGUACACCAACUACGGCGUGUUCAACCUGCAGAUCCCGACUGCGGUGCCCAACGUGCCGGCCAAGGUGCUGGACCCGUCGCAGGCCUGGGAGGGCUCCCCCGAGGAGUUCCAGGAGACCAUCGGCAAGCUGGCGCGCCUGUUCCAGUCCAACUUCAAGGAGUACGCCGACAAGGCCACCCCCGAGAUCAUUGCCGCGGGCCCCCAGCUCUAAGCACCACCACCACCACCCCUUAGACCCACUAUCUUAAUCCCCCUGUGAAUUUUUCUCUUUCGUCUCCUUUUCUUCAGUCAAAUCAUAUCUCUCAACCACACACUCCUCGCACCGCCGGUUGCAGCAAUGUCUCGUUUAGGAAAGGCUGCCGGAGCCAGUGGAACGGGCCAGACCGGAACGACACAGCCGUAGCGCCCCUGAGCUCGGUG